GUUCUCUUGACUUUUGGACUGGUUGACACUAUUAUUUCUAGAAUGUACAUGUACCUGUACUCAUUACUUGAUAAAGACUUAAGAAGUGGUUGAAACCUGCUCAAUAAUAAGCAGUAAUUGUAUUCCAUAGAAUUGUGACCUGUAUAUUAAAUAAUUUGGAGGAUAAAGGGUAGUUUGUUGAGAUAUUUUAUUUAAUCAUUGACGUAAACAAACCAAGAUGUCUGUUGAAAUAGAAGCAAAUACGUCAACCAUCAUUGAAAAAAAAUACACCAUGUUUUUAUCACAUAAUCACGGUCGGGACAUUAACAUAAAGCAGGAACCCGUAGAAUCUUCAGACUCGGAAGAAAACGACAAAAGCGAAUCUGAUUUAGACGAUAGUGAAAAGUUAUCCGCGAUCAUGAUUAAGUGUAAAAUUUCUUCAACUGAAUCCAAAAUUCUUAAGGAAAAUGACGAUAAGAAGGAGGAUGCAUGUGAAAAGGAGAUCUGCAGUAAAUUGUCAAAAGUUACGUUGAAGGAGAAGAAUGAUGACGGAAAAGAUAUUGAAGUCAUUGUAGAGAAUAUUAAAAAAGAGGACGAAUGUAGAGAAAAGAAAAGAGCUCUUGGCUCUAAUGGUUUGGAUACUCGAGGCCCGACAGGCGGAAUACCAGCAACGUUCUCUCAAAAUCAACACAUUGUUCAAACUCAGUAUCAAAAUGGCUACUCAUAUUCACAGAGCAUUCCAUAUUACCAACAACCACAACAGAAUCAAUAUGGAGGAUAUGACAACAACCAAUAUGUUAACAAUAUGACUAAUGGUAAACGUCGACCUGAAGAAGAUGACGAGACACCUUAUAAGUAUCAAGCUCCAAAUAUUGUACGUGAAGGUAUGAAUAAUUUGAAUAUACCCGUAAACAUACAACCCGAGAAUGUUACCAACCAAUGUCACAUGUCAGGUGGAAUGAUGUCUGUUCAAAACACAUUCAUGGAUGCAGGUGGAAUGUUGUCGGCUGAACCUGCGCCAUUUUCUCCCUAUAUCCCAUCAGUUGAGGGCGAAGACCUCUGUAAUUUUGAUUUUGCGAAUGCCUUUAUUGGUAAUGAAGAGCCAAACAACCAGAACUUCACAACCCCACCAUUUAGACAGAUACCGUUAACCAACUGUGAGAGUGUUUCUCCAGAUUUUUUACAAGAUGGCGGAAGUGAAGGGUACGGCAGCCCUGGACACGAGUCUCAAUAUUCAACCAUGGGUGUCGAUUCCCCUGCUCCUCGCUCAAAUUUGUCAGAAGACAGUGGCAUCUCCAGCCCAGAUAAUAGAAACUUGGAUGCAGCAAGUCCGAGCAGCAACAUGUCUGUUAAUUCAGGCAGUCCAAAAAGUAAUGUCUACGCUCCUAAUCUGGGCAUGCCCCAGCAAUACACAAACACUGACUCCAUGUCCUGCGAUCAGACGACACAUUUCUCAAAUUAUCAGACGACUGAGGUCAAUCCACAACCUUCAGACUGCGACUGGGAAGAUCUCCUUGAUAUUGUUCACCAGGAUGAGAUUAGAAUGGAAAAUAAAAAAAGACAACAAAGUGGGGAGACACAUGUGACAAAUUCCAGCAAUAAUUUGAAGGAUAAUUUGAAUCCUAACACUAUACCCACUACAUUGCCACGAACCUCGGUGAACGUUGUCACUGGAAAUUUCAACACAAUCAACAAGCCAGCCAGUCAACCGGUCGUGAUGCCUCAAGCAUCAGUCAAUAAUUGUAAGCCAUUCAUACCAGCGACUCCUGUCAAUAUGGGUACUCCUGUUGCUGUGACAUUGCCGCCAAUGGGUAAUUCAAAUCAGAGCGUACCUGUUAACACUGGACAAAUUUUUUUUAUAGCUCAAGCUCCUCAACCUGUGUUUCUCGUCAACCAAGGUCCCUUAAUGAAUAAACAACCAGCCAAAAGACCAAUCAAGCCGAAUUACGUCCCCAUUCGACCAAAAUUAGAUCCUGUAGCUUCUAAAGAAUCACAACACAGCUCCCCGGCACAUUCACCGAAAAGUUCCGAGUUAAAAUCUCGAGUACCGGCAACUGUGACAGCAGCAGUGAAAGAUAACUCAACAGUUCAACCUGUGACCAACAAAAAAUCUCCAUUACCACCAUCUUCUACUACAUGUCCAUCAAACAAUGUUGUAAAUACAUCAUCAUCUUCCCAAAGUAAAAAAUUAAAUGUAGCAAGACGACAUAUUGCUAAAUUGACCAGCACUGAUUUGAGAUUUCAAGAUGAUGAGGGAGAUACAUAUUUACAUGCAGCUGUAUGUAAAGACAGUAAUAAUAUAACUGACUUUGUUCAAGCAUUAUUAGAGAGGUUAGAGAGAGAAAAAUUAAUAGGAAUGAUUGAUGUUUUCAACGUACGCCGACAGACACCAUUAUAUUGUGCUGUGAGUGCUAAUCAUCCUAAUAUCAUAGAAAUGAUGAUAAGAUAUGGAGCUGAUGUCAAUACAUUAGCUGAGAGAAUGGUACAUGGAGGUACUGUACGUGAAGUUAGAGCAGCGAUUCAUGUAGCUGCUUCAAAUGGUAAAGAAUAUCUAGAAACAUUAAACGCUUUAUUAAAGAGUAGAGAACUCAACUUGAACAUUGCUAACUCAGAUGGUCAGACAGCCUUACAUUGUGCUAUAUUAUGUCAUAAUAAAGCGAAACAAGACUCAAUUGACUGUAUUGAUAGUACACCUAUCAUAGAGACUCUAAUACAACAUGGUGCUGAUAUUAAUGCUCAGGAUAAAAAGAGUGGAAAGACACCUUUAAUGUACGCACUAGAAUCUCGAAGUCUUCAUCUUAUUCACACAGUCGUCAAACAGAUAAAACAGGACAAGAUGAGAAUGUAUUUACGAACGCAAUCAUUCGACGGAAACACGCCACAAAAAAUCUUAGAAAGUCUGAAGACAGUACUUGAUGUGAAUUCAUGGCAGAAAGUUCAUGAUAUGUUAAUGUGUUCUAACAAAGAUAUAAAUGGAUUUAAUAUCCAUCAAUAAACAAAGUGAACUCUUGAUGAGUCAUAGUCAUAAUUUUACCAAUGACGGUAAUUUGCAUGGUCAUAAUAGAAGUGAACUCUUGACCUCAUCAAGUCAUGAUUUUAUCAGUGAUGGGCAUAAUAGAAGUGAACUCUUGACCUCGUCAAGUCAUAAUUUUACCAUAUAAAAGCAUUUGAGAAAUGGACUACAAAAACAUUUUGAGAAAUGAGACUUACAUGUAAGUUAAAUGAGUGUUGAGAAACUGAACAAGUAUAUCUGGUCAAGUAUCAGUGUUUGUUUUAGAUAUUAAGGUGACUUUUGAUGAGUAUUUACUUUGAAAUAUUGCAAAUAUUCCUGUCUUGUCGUUCGUAUACACUGUAUAUAUUGUUAGAAGAGAAAUACACCCAGUAUAGUCAACUGGUGUAUAUACCGUAGUUGUUCUAUUUGACGCCUUUUAAACUUCACUAAGAAAAUAUACUCUAACUUGGAUUUGCUGUAACAUAUAGUUUGUUAUGUAACGGUUCAUAAAAUGAUCCAAUAAUUUGCCAUAGACUUGAACGCGUCUUCGUGAAGUAAAAAAAAAUAUUGUGAAUCACUAACUAACCAAAGAUAUGGGAGCAAUCCUGAAAAUAGGGCACCUGUCACAAAACAAUGUCAGACACAACCCGUCUGGUGUCUGUCAUUCUCUUGGGCUGAUUUGCCAUUAUUUAGUGUUGACAUGUCGGAUACAAAAUUCCAAAUAUCAGGUACUAGUUGAUAAAUUCCUGACCUCGAUUUUAGUGUGCUAUUGUCAACAAUAUCUUUUAUUUGUUAAUAUAUUCAAAAUAUAUUAAUUUGAUGAUAAAAAUGCUAUACAUAUUUUUUAUUUUUUUUUGCAAUUGUAAAUUGUUGUUUUGUACAUAUAUAUCAUCACUACAUUACAUGAUCAAUCGAAUGUCAUAGAAAGAUUCGCAUUGUUAUUUAUCAAAACAAAAGACAUUUGUUAAUUACUGCACUGUAUAUAGUAGUAAGGUAGCAGUGAGCGUGCCUCAAGAACAACACUAGUACAUGUAGCUAAUGGAUUUGUUCUUGAAAUAUGAAGGUAUGAAUCUUGCCUUAUGUAAAGGGGAAGAAUUGUACAACCCUGUUAUCAAAGGGGGAAAAUUUGUAAGAUCCUGUUAUUAAUGUAGCAUAUUAUUUUGUUAAUUAUUGUUGCAUGCAUAAUAUAUUUUGUUCAAUGAGCUACAUAUGUAUGUAUAGUUAUGUUGUCGUUGAUUAUAUUUAUGCACAAUUUUAAAAUGUCCCUCUUGUCAAAACAGGGUAGAGUACCCUGCCCUGCUUCAAAACAAAACUAAAUACAUCUUUUAUUAUGCAUAUGUACAUUUCAUUUUUCAUGUACUUCAUUUUAUCUUUCAUGACUACCUUCAUUAGCCCAGUCUGUGCAGAUCAAACAGUAGGAUGUUAAACCCCCAUUUCAUUUCAUUUAUAUUUCAUGACCACCUUCAUUAGCCCAGUCGGUGCAGAAUAGUAGGACGUUAAAUCCCAUUUCAUAUCAUUUAUAUUUCAUGAAGAUUUUCCAGGGACUGUCAAAAAUAUCAGUAUAUUGCAAUACAGUUCAUUAUAAAUACAUACAUGUAGCGCAAUACAAAAUUUGGCAUAUCAGUAUUUUCACUCUAAUUUUGCUUUCUUUUUUUAACAGCCUGUCAGCUGAAUUGUAUCUAAAUAGACAUUUUCCAUUUUAUUUAUGAAUUUAAGCGGCUAAAAAGGACUUUUGUAAAAUAUUAAAGGAUUUUUGACCUUUUAUUUACUGUAUUGAAAUUUAAUUUGAUAUUUUUACAAAAAUAAUCAAGCUAUUUCUAAUAUUUAUUUUUCAAAACUGAGAAAUAUAUGCAAAAUUGCUGGAACUGAUGUCUAACCUCGUGGGUUUUCUCCAGGUCCUUGGGUUUCCUCCCAAUGCUAAAGACCCCUAUGUGCAAGCGAAUCAUUGAAAUAAAAUUAAACAUAUGUUAGUCCCAAAAUGACCUAGUUUGUGUGGAGUAGACAUUAAACCCCAUUUCUCUCUCUCUCUCUCUCUCACUGGAACUGAUGAGUGAUUUAAUUAAAAUAUAGUUUUUCACCUGAAAAUAGGUAUAUUGCUAGAUGAUUAGAGAUCACAAUAUACAACCAUGUUCAUCUUUUAUUCAGCACAAUCUGAUUAAAGUACAGAUCUAUAUUUUUUUUAUUUUUUUUUAUACUUUCAAUGGCCUACACUACAUGAAGAUCUGACCAGUUGUAGUGGGAGGUUGCCUCAGGGGUCAUACGAGUUGCUUUUGACUCUCAAAUGAAACGAUAUACGAUCUGUGUUCUAAUCGGAUUGCGUGUAGCAUUGCAUUAAUUAAAAUUAGAUAUUUGCAUAUAAAAUGCUUAAUUGUAUUGUUAAUUGAUACCCACGCACAAAUCAAAAUGUUGUUUUGAAUGCUUUUAUAGUUUAUUUUCAGUUUAAAUUGUUAAUUACUUAAUGAUUUGUUGAAUCAUGCUUACACAUCGAUUUGCAAAUUAUUCCAUUAACAAGUUGUCACAGACUUGAUAACCAGUAAAUUAAAAUGUCAUUAUAUAA